UUGAACUAACAAGUUUCUACUGCAACGGAAGAGACAAUAGAGAAAAGGAGUGUGUGGAAUCGGUGAUGACAGAAACGUUUUCAAGAAAUAUUUGAAGACAAGUGUUCAGUUAUCCUUUUGAAGGUAUAUCCACUUCAAACUACGGAGGUGGCACUUUUCUAAGCUUAGGAUUUUCUGCAUUGAGGAACUUUUUUUGAGCAUCAAACUCAGCAGAGACAAAUAAAAGUCAAACCAGAAGACACAUUUUUGGAGCAGCGAUUUGAGAACUGAGGAAAACUGGAUUGAAACAACAGCCCCCUAAUGACUCUGUGUUAAAUCUUUCAGUAAAUCUGCAUAGUGAUUCUAGUUGUGUAACAGGAACAAUUGAAAUACAGUUUGAAAACCCUCUUUGUUGAAAGCAGAAUCAUAUUUUUCCGAGUCGAUACUGAAAAACAGUCUAGAGGACCAUUACCUGGAAGUAAGCCAGCUUUAAAAGUAGAAGUCUGAGAACUUGGUUUGUAAAUGUGUUAAGGUACUAAAAAGAUUAAGUAAUUCAGGAGCACAGCUUUGAGUGACACAAGGAAAAGAAAAAUCAGGGAACCAUAACAGCUAUUUUUUGCUCAUUUGCUGAAACAGUUCUUAAAGUAGGACUAGAAAUCCAGAAUACAAGUGUGCAUAUUUUGUAUGUUCUGGUUUGUUAUAUGAUAUAUUUAUUCAUAUAAAUACAAUUUUCUCCUCUUUUUUGGGAGAGUUUUCUUAAAUCUUAAGUUUUUUUUUUUGUACAAGUGAUACUCUUCUUUUCAAGAGAUCCAAUUGUACAAGUGGGUGUCCCAAAAAAAAAAAAAAAAACAGUUUACACAGAAGGACAUUGAGACAGAACGUUCGAAAAGAGUAACAUUUAAGGACGGAAGACAAAAGAGGGGAAAACCACGAAAGUUCGAUUCUAUUAGGAAACCCUACAGUUUUCAGUCAAGUUGAAGCCAUGGCCACAGCAAGAACAGAGAAUCCUGCUUCUGUGAUGGGACUUACCAAACAGAACGGGCAACUCAGGGGACAACCUAAACCAUUGGGCCUCCAGCCAGGAGGACCCAUAGCUGCCUCUACACAACCAGGAAAAGCACCCAGCGCCCCCCCGACAGGCAGCAGUAUCCCCCAGAGCAGUGGGGGUAUCAGGUUUGGAGAUGACUGGAAGAAGUGCCUACAGCUCCCUCCGAAAGACAUGAGAGUGCAAACCUCAGAUGUGACAGCAACUAAGGGUAAUGAGUUUGAGGACUACUGCCUGAAACGAGAGCUGUUAAUGGGAAUUUUUGAGAUGGGCUGGGAGAAGCCCUCUCCUAUUCAGGAGGAAAGUAUCCCCAUUGCCCUGUCAGGCAGGGACAUCCUGGCCAGAGCCAAAAACGGGACAGGCAAGAGUGGAGCCUACCUCAUUCCUCUCCUGGAGAGGAUAGACGUGAAAAAGGAGCAUAUUCAGGCUGUCGUGUUGGUGCCCACGCGUGAACUGGCCCUACAGGUGAGUCAGAUCAGUAUCCAGAUUAGUAAGCACCUCAGUGGGAUGAAGAUCAUGGCCACCACAGGCGGGACCAACCUCAGAGAUGACAUCAUGCGUCUUGAUGAGAUAGUGCAUGUUGUCAUAGCGACACCAGGCAGGAUCCUGGACCUGAUAAAGAAGGGCGUGGCCAAAAUGGAUAAAGUUCAGACAAUGGUGAUGGACGAGGCGGACAAACUGCUGUCUCAGGACUUUGUCGUACUCAUUGAGGACAUCAUCAGUUUCCUGCCCAAGAACCGCCAGAUCCUGCUCUACUCCGCCACCUUCCCCAUCAGUGUACAGAAGUUCAUGGUGAAACACCUUCAGAAGCCUUAUGAGAUAAACCUGAUGGACGAGCUGACUCUGAAGGGCAUCACUCAGUAUUAUGCCUACGUCACUGAGAGGCAGAAAGUGCACUGUCUCAACACCCUAUUCUCCAGGCUCCAGAUCAACCAGUCGAUCAUAUUCUGUAACUCCACCCAGAGGGUGGAGCUCCUGGCGAAAAAAAUCACUCAGCUUGGCUAUUCUUGCUUCUAUAUCCAUGCCAAGAUGAUGCAGGAGUAUCGAAACCGUGUGUUCCACGAUUUCAGAAACGGACUGUGUAGGAACUUGGUCUGUACAGAUCUGUUCACCAGAGGAAUUGACAUCCAAGCAGUCAAUGUAGUCAUCAACUUUGAUUUCCCCAAAAAUGCAGAAACCUACCUGCACCGCAUUGGUCGAUCAGGUCGGUACGGUCACCUGGGUUUGGCCAUAAACUUGAUCACCUCAGAGGACCGUUUCAGUCUGAAGACUAUAGAAGAUCAGCUGAUCACCGAUAUCAAGCCCAUCCCGAGCAGCAUCGACAAAAGCCUGUACGUGGCCGAGUUCCACUCCGCCAUCCCCGACGCUGAGGAGGCGGAGAAAGAGACCGCAGCCAAACCAGGCGACACCACCGCACCCUAACUGGACAAUAGAAGGGAGAUGACUGGCACUUUGCACACAAUUCCUCUACAGCACACGGGCACAAGGAUGACUUUAGUUUUUGUUUUGUUUUUUUCCCAGUCUUUCAUUGUGGCACAAUUAAUGAGUGUGAAAUGAGCAAUGUGUACAAACAACCAACUCUCAACCCCAACGCCAGCCAGGUCAGGACUCGUGCUUGUCUUGCCACUCAGCGUGAAGUCUCGCGCUCGCCCCGAUGUGUCGCUGAAUCCCCCCGACAGUUUCAGACAAACUUGACCAAAGUCAAAAGCAGAAUAGUUGUUGCUCACGCAAGAAAGAGAAAGUGUAUCAUCUGCUGCCCAAUUGACCGCGCCUCAGCGCUGGAGGAUGUUUCAUAUGAAAAUGGAUAGAGCUGUGGCUAGAUAGUAAAAGAUAAGAACAAGAGGUCAUGGACUUGUCUGCUGUAUAAAAAAAUGAGAGGAUAGUGCAUACAGAUACAUCUAUAUCCCAGAGCUUUGUAGUUUAUAGGUGGAGUCGUUAACGGUGUUGAGUUCCUCUGUAGUGUUAAAUGUAUGUCUGGACUGCGGAAAGAACCAUCCAGAUGGUUAACUUGAUGGCGUGGCUUGAUUGUGUUCCACAGCAAAGGGUAAGAAGAAGGGACACGUCACUGGGUGGAAUAUGUCUCCAGGGCAAGAAACUUUUGUAAAACCGCACAACCAACCACUUCUCCUUGUCACUCUUCAGCAGGUCACUCCUCGUCUCACCCCUUCUCUCUCUCUCUCACUCACACACACACACACACACACUCACACACACACAAAGCUCUCACUGAAGUGCCUUAAUCUCUACACCACAGGAUCAGUCUAGUUUAAUUCCACAUCACCCCUGUGUUUCUCUCUUAUGCUGUGUCCAAGUUUCUGGGGACCGCGCUACAGUGUUCUGCUUAACCUGUUUGAGUCCCAGUAGGAAACACUAAUAUACUCACUCAUGCUCUCUCCCUUCCCUGCCUCGGGAACAUCAAGCCUCUGUGAGAACUGCAGGUUUUUUCACAAAGGUUUCCACACAGUAUUCAACAUCCAGCACAUUUCUGUUCACUUCAGUGAUGGUGUUGAAAGUUGGUUGUUUUCACAACUUAAUGUGCCAUUGUAUGUGUUUUUUUUUUUUGGUUUUGUUUUGUUUUCUUCAUCCUUUCUUGUUCCCCAACUUGGUUUUGUGUGGGAAUUGUACUUGAUGUACGCUGUCUUGUGCAGGUAGAAGCGGGUUGUUUAACUGUGAGGUUUGUUAGGAGGGUAGCCAAAGUGUUGUUUUUUUUUUUUUUUUUUUUGCUCUAAAUGUCAGUGCCAGCAUUUCCUCUUGCCCUCUUUCCUUUGAAAAGAAAUAAAGUCCAGUACAUUCUCCUUA